ACUAAUAGAUUAUAUUUAUAAUUUAAUUCUAAUGGAUAUAGACUUUAUCAUCGUGCAAAAUAAUAUAUUGUGUGUCUGAUUUUUAUAUCUGAAGCCAAAUCAGAUCACAGAAGGUGUAGGCUAAUUAGUAAUAAUAAUGCAGCAGACAAAAGAAAAGCAUAUUUUAUGCUUUUAGUACAAAGGGUUCAUGAACUGCUUCUGUUUCAGUUUGGGUAUAUGCCAUUUCUGUGGAUUUUUAAAAAAGUGGGGUUGCAGCCUAACAGGUUAAAGAAGCAGGUCAAGUCUUCGAAUUGUUGCUAACCUCUAUAUUGAUAUGUUUUCUCCAGGUCAUUUUAAAUGGACAGCUUUGUCACUGACAAGUUAACUGAGUGGCGGCUGUCUGAGCUGAUUGAGAAUUUUAGAGAUGAAGACAUAGAUGAGGAAGCAUUUCUUCUUUUAGAUGAAGACACUAUCAAAAAUCUUGUCCCCAAAGUUGGCCCCAGGCUUAAAUUCCUGAGUCUCUUCAGAGAAUUUAAGGGUUCUAAUGCUCCGGCAGCUGCUGCGUCACCUCAACCUUCGACUUCUAAUGAAUCCAGAAACCAUGAUGCUGACCUCAUAUGCCCCCUGGAAGAAUCGGCAAAUCAGGUGUUGGUGUUAGAAGCAGUUCCACCACUUGAUAUCCGACAGGUUCUUUCUGCAGUGUCCAGUGGCAGAGAAAUAAUAAAUAAUCUUCAAGACACUGGAGUCAUCAAUAGAAAACAAAGGAUCACUCUGACACAAAUUCUGGUGUCUUUUUUGAUUGAGAGGUUUGGACAGAGGCCAUCCACAAGCAUAAAACAGGCCCUGGCGCUAUCAUUGGUGCAGACAUUCCCGGCCCUGAAUGAUAAUUCAGACAGUGGCUAUGACAUAUGGUACACAAAAGCCAGGAAGCUAAUCAAGGAUGGAGGAGUGAUACACUACCCAGCCACGGGCUUCUUCGAAGAAAGACUAAGGAAUGUCAGAAAGAGGUCAAACCGUGGGUCCACCCAACAAAUGCCUGAAGCCAGCCAAUCACGAAGGGCAUACAUACCAGCAAACAGAAAAAAGUGUGACAUAAGGAAAACUGGGGGAGGGCCACCUCCUCCAGAAUACACUGUGGCGGAGGAGUUGGCACUGAGUAACAACAAGGGGCGGCCGAUUAUGGAUGGGAUUGCAAGUGCUGUACAGUCUGACCCUGGUGCUGGCUCCUCUAAGCAAGUGACACUGGUAGAGGGAAAUACAGUGUCCCUGUUGAAGCCAGCACACAGUCUCCUGCACAGAGGGUGAACCAAAUGAUGAAGACACUCUGUCUGUGUCUUCAGAGACAGUUGCUGAGGAUUUUUCACAACCUGCCCCAGAAACUGAAGCCUCUACCUCAAUGGGCUUCAGAAGGAAUGUGAACAAGGUGGAAACAGACUCAGUCAGGGCCCUUUACAAAAGGAGUCUAGAACUAGACUGUUCACUGAAGGAGCUGGACUGUGAGCUGAGGAGGCUCCAAAUUAAAAAAAAUAAAUUGGAGAUCAAACAGCUGGAAAAAACAGAUCUCACCACAUGACCAAUAAAACAGUUUGAGACCUAUCAGCAGUGUCAGUGUGCUUUUAAGUAAAAUAUUGUGUUGUGAUUGCAUCUCUGACAGCUGCGCCAGCUGGGUGGUCAAUUGUGAUGGGGUCAAUUUCAUCAGGAAGAAGCUGGUUUUGUGGUGGUACUCGCUCCUUUCUGAUAGUGGCUAUAUUGUGCAGAAUGGCACAUGCAGCCACUAUCUGUGAUGCCCGCUCUGGUGACACUCUUAAACGCCUAAGGCAGUUGAAACGUGCCUUUAGGAUGCCAAAGGUCAUCUCGAUCUUGACCCUGGUUUAGCAAAAACCUCUGGCAUGCAUAACCUCGAUCUCCUACCAACAGGCCAUCAAAAAGCCCUGUCAUAGAACAGAAAAGGGAAAAAUUGUGUAAGCUUUUCAAAUUAAAACUUUAAAGUGUACUGUACCAAUUUUAACUUGCCUUCCUCAAAGCGCUGACACAAAAUAGACUCACGGAAAAUUCGUGAGUCAUGCACUGAGCCAGGCCAUUUGGCAUCCAAACUUGUGAUCAUGCAUUCAUGAUCACAAGUCAUCUGCAGAUGAAAUGUACAGUAAAUAAUUGUCCUAUCUGUUAGUUACUUAUUUAAAGAUUGAUCUCAAUGCAAAUAAAAAUAACUUCACAUUUUUCAAAUACCUGAACAUUAAGGCUGUGAAAGGACUUUCUGUUCACAUAAUCUGCCUCAUGUUCUAGCAGGGACGGACUGACAAUCUGUGCGUUCGGGAAAAGUCCAGAACGGCCGUCCAACCGAGGGCCGUCCGUCGGCACAAAAAAAAGUAUAAUAAAGCAAUAUGAACAGCCAACAGUAGGGACACUAAUACGAUCACUUAUAUGCAACGUGUAAAAAAAAAAAACUGAGGAAGAAGAGUCGGCCUACUAGCCAGUUUGUGAUUCGUCCCCGGCCGCAGUCAGAUUUGUAAUGGAAGCAGGUCAGUUUAGAAAAAUGUACAGUUUUGUACAUGAGCUGCAGCCAGGACGAAAUGAACCCAUUCGCACGUACGUACGAUCACACACACACACACACACACACACACACACACACACACACACACACACACACACACACACACACACACACACACACACACACACACACACACACCAGUGUGAUUAGCUGCUAAUAUUAAAUGUGCUUUCGCGCGUUGGCUGGCGCUGAACCAGAGACGGACGCGCUCAGCGCUGUCAUAUCACAACUUAGUUUUCAGUGUUUUCAACCACAUAAUGUUUUCACGCAGUUAGACACCCCUUAUGGCCCUGAUGGGUGCAUCUGAACAGGGAGCUGUUGAUUUCUGCAAAUCACACUAGGCUGCAGGUAGUACCAGAGGAGACAGAUUUUUUUUUUUUAAUUACCUGCUUCAUGUAGUUCUACUUGAACACAGGGUCGGUUUCAGCAAAUAUGACAGAAAGUUAGUUUUAUAAGGCCUACUACACUUUUAAAUUUGCUUACAUUAUAUUUGAAUAGUUAUAAGUUAUAGUAGGCCUAUAUAGUAACUAUAUGUUUUAUAAUUACAAGUUUGUGUAAUUUGAGGUUUCUGUAGCCAGUGACAUUUAAUUACUUGUAUUUUAUUUUCAAUGCAGAUGUGAUUGUAUUGUACAUUUUUUGUUUUUAUUUGAAGGCUGAGGCUUCAUUAAUA